GUUUCAUGCUUUUCCGGUUUUCACUGGUGUCCGGUUUCGGUUAGAGAUGCCUGUGCACGCGGCGGCGUCGCGCGCUCCUUCAAACGCGAGCUGACUUUCGCUCAUAAAGCUUAAUAAUAAAGUUAUACAUUUUUUUCCAUUAUUUUAAUUUUAUAGCUUCUUCGAAAGACGGAAACCUCUAUUUGUAUAUAUAUACUUUUUUUUUUUUUUUACAUUUCUUUAAUUCAACGUCAGUUCUGCCAAGGAAUUUCUCAAUCCAGACGACGCGAAUUUGCCGACGGGAUCUGUUUGUGGUGAGGCGGCUUUAAAACAAACCCGGCAAUGGCCAGUUGUCUGUGGAGAUACCGCUGUCGGAUCCUGUGCUGCAUAUGUACACCAUGUAUACUACUUGGCUGCCUUUUCGUCUACAUAGCAUUGGCUUUAUGUUUAGCUAUGACUCAAACAUUCCCAGCUGAUAGGCAAAUUAGCAGCUCCAGACUGCCAUAUAGCCUCUUUGUGGCCCCCGGGGCCACUAAUUCCAACGUGCUGGCCUCCUACCCCAUUCAGCCCUUUUGGAGACAGGACCUGGACAAAGCGGCAUUUUGGAACCUGAUCCAGCAUGCUAUGGACCGCCAACAUAACCCUCUCCUUCAAGCCUCAGGAAAGAUCUCUCAUGAAAAUAUCAUAUCACUAAAUCAAAAUGGAUGUUUUCCAAACUAUGAAGGAAUGUGGAAUAAGUCAGAUUAUUAUGCUCUGCCAGUUCAGAUGCAGAGAUUUAUUAGUUCUAUGCACUGUAGAGACUACCCGUUGCUCAUUGACCAGCCUGAAUUGUGUCCCGAAACAGAAGAGGCUCCAAUAUUGCUGCUGGCCAUUAAAUCACAGGUGCCUAACUUCAGGAACCGCCAAGCUAUCAGGAUGACAUGGGGGUAUUCAGGCCUGGUAAAGGGGCAGGUGGGGAAAGGUGGACUAGUGCGCAGGGUUUUUCUCUUGGGCAAAGUUGAUGAAGAACUGACUGAAGCUAUUAAAAGUGAGAGUAAAAUGUAUGAAGACAUUAUAAUGUGGGACUUUAUGGAUACUUUCUUUAACCUGACACUAAAAGACAUACUGUUCUGGAACUGGUUCUCCAAGCACUGCCAGAAUGCCCGUUUUGUGUUCAAGGGUGACGACGAUGUCUUUGUAAGGACACCUGCUCUCCUGGAUUACCUGGAGAGCCAGGAAACACCUCACUUGGAAGGACAUGGCAAGAAAACUAAGGAUUUUGUUGUUGGGGAAAUUAUCACCUCUGCAGUCCCUCUGCGUUUAGAAACCAAUAAGUAUUUCAUCCCUGAAAGUUUCUAUAAGGGCAUUUACCCAACCUAUCCAGGUGGAGGAGGUGUAGUCUACUCUGGAGCUCUCGUUGCCAGGCUUCUCCAGGUGUCCAAAAGAGUUCAUCUGUUCCCGAUUGACGAUGUUUUCCUGGGGAUGUGCCUUCAAAGGUUGGGGGUCAUUCCUGUCCACCACCCAGCCUUCCUCACUUUUGACUUUAAUGCUGAAGAAGCAAAGGAGCCCUGUGCCCACCACACCAUCCUGCUGGUCCACAAACGCAGUCCCAAAGAAAUAUUAAAACUGUGGCUAGAGACCUUAAUACCAAGUAAUGAAUGUAGAAACGUAGCCCUUAGAAAUGAAACCACACAUUAAGAGAUGCUGUUAGAAUGAACCUGCUUGCGUCAGACAAAAACCCAAGCCAGCAUUGUGACUUGAACAACUUAGCAAGGAGGACCACCCACUGCUGUCAAAAGGCUGCAAAGACAUUUGUGGUUUGACAGGCUUUGAAAAGUAACAUUUCUCCCCUGACUACAUUCAUGGGAGCUGUGAAAUAGACAGGAAAUACAGUUCACUGACAGAAUGUAAGUGUUGAUGUAUUGUUAAUCCAAAUAUCAUGAACGUAACUAUAGAAAAAAAAGAUCCUUAUAAUAAAUAUGCAUACACAGGUGUAGUGCACACAAACAUUAAGUAUUUAUAAAGAAUUAAUACUGUUUCAUCUGUAGUUGAUGGAUUAGUCAAGGACUUCAUACAACAAUUCUGUACACAGAGAGAGAGAGAGACUGGCCUAAGGACUGUAUGUGUAUAUGUUAUAAAGGAGAAACCUUACCUCUCAAUAUUUUAAUUUGGUCAAAGCUACCUCUCUUUUGUGUGUCCUGUAUUAUUAGCACGUUAUUUGACAAUGCCUUGUUUUUGUAUGUAUUUUGUAUAGAAAACCUUUAGCGUAUUUAAACAAACAUGACAAAUUUCCAAUUAUUAGUGUUAUGCAUG